AUGGCCAAGGGCUCAUCCCGCACAUCGAUGCGGACUUUGGAGGCAAAGAUCGAGGAUCUGAAGCUGAAGGCGAAUGGAGAAGUACAUAAGUACUCCUUUUCCGGUCUACCGGGUUCCAUGGACAACCUGGAUGUUGUUUCCAUGUCAGGCGGUCGGUACUACUUUGCUGUACCGGUCUCGGAGAUCUUGCGGGAGCUUUGCAAGAAUCGGCCUGGUGGUGCCGUUUAUGUGACGGGCAUCUCCUUGGAAGGAGAUUUCUUCCACGCAUCCCCGAUGGAGUGGUUUGCCACUUGUGUGAAGGUGCCUUCCGCCACCCUUCCACCGAUCGGUGUAGAUACGAACACUUUGAGUUUUCCCCUGGGGAGCUUGUCCCUCGAUGUGAAGGGACAGGUGCAUUUGUGGCCGGUCGAGGACCGCUAUGUCCAGAGUGUCUUCGGUGGGGCGUACACGGAGUAUGCCAGAGACAAGAGUCUGUUCCACGCGCCGAUGAAGUCGGGCGUCUGUCCGCGAGGCAAUGUGACGUUUAACGGCAGCAAGAAGGCAAUCAGACAUGCAGGUAGGGCAAGUGCCACCUUGGCCCGAAAGGGCGACAUGUCUACCGGUCUCAUUACCGACAGCUUCGUGAAGGACACGUUCCGUGUCUGGUGGGACAUCAACGAUAAGGUCACUGUUUGUGAUGCCCGGGGGAACUUUGCUCCCGAUCGCCAUACGAUCCUUUGCGGUGCGCGUCCACAGGUGGAUGAGGGUUUGAACGCGGGAGGCAAGGCCAAGGCUCUGACCAUUGCCUAUUUCAAGCACAUUCGCUUGACGUUGUACCUUCGUUAUUAG